UCCAUAGAGUUUGCUUUCCAAAGCUCGAGGAAUCGAUUCCAGCUCUGUUAAACUCCGGGGUGGUUCUCUAUUCAUGGAUACAGAAAAAUCAGGAAAAAGAGAAUUUGACAUGCGACAGACUCCUCAAGUGAAUAUUAAUCCUUUUACUCCAGAUUCUGUGUUGCUUCAUUCCUCAGGACAGUGUCGUCGAAGAAAGAGAACCUAUUGGAAUGAUUCCUGUGGUGAAGACAUGGAAGCUAGUGAUUAUGAGUUUGAAGAUGAGACAAGACCUGCUAAAAGAAUUACAAUUACUGAAAGCAAUAUGAAGUCUCGAUAUACAACAGAAUUUCAUGAGCUAGAGAAAAUUGGCUCUGGAGAAUUCGGUUCUGUGUUUAAGUGUGUGAAGAGGCUGGAUGGAUGCAUUUAUGCCAUUAAGCGAUCAAAAAAGCCAUUGGCUGGCUCUGUUGAUGAGCAGAACGCUUUGAGAGAAGUAUAUGCUCAUGCAGUGCUUGGACAGCAUUCUCAUGUAGUUCGAUAUUUCUCUGCAUGGGCAGAAGAUGAUCAUAUGCUUAUACAGAAUGAAUAUUGUAAUGGCGGAAGUUUAGCUGAUGCUAUAAGUGAAAACUACAGAAGCAUGAGUUACUUUACAGAAGUAGAGUUGAAGGAUCUCCUUUUGCAAGUUGGCCGGGGCUUGAGAUAUAUUCAUUCAAUGUCUUUGGUUCACAUGGAUAUAAAACCCAGUAAUAUUUUCAUAUCUCGAACCUCAAUCCCAAAUGCUGCCACUGAAGAAGGAGAUGAAGAUGACUGGGUAUCCAACAAAGUUAUUUUUAAAAUAGGUGAUCUUGGGCAUGUGACAAGGAUCUCUAGUCCACAAGUUGAAGAAGGUGAUAGUCGUUUUCUUGCCAAUGAAGUUUUACAGGAGAACUAUACCCAUCUACCAAAAGCGGACAUUUUUGCCCUUGCCCUCACAGUGGUAUGUGCUGCUGGUGCUGAACCUCUUCCCAGAAAUGGAGACCAGUGGCAUGAAAUCAGACAGGGUAGAUUACCUCGGAUACCACAAGUGCUUUCCCAAGAAUUUACAGAGUUGCUGAAAGUUAUGAUUCAUCCAGAUGCAGAGAGAAGACCUUCAGCAAUGGCACUGGUAAAGCAUUCAGUAUUGCUAUCUGCUUCUAGAAAGAGUGCAGAACAGUUACGAAUAGAAUUGAAUGCUGAAAAGUUCAAAAAUUCACUUUUACAGAAGGAACUCAAGAAAGCCCAGAUGGCAAAAGCUGCAGCUGAGGAAAGAGCACUCUUCACUGACCGGAUGGCCACUAGAUCCACCACCCAGAGUAAUAGAACAUCUCGACUUAUUGGAAAGAAAAUGAACCGUUCUGUCAGCCUUACUAUAUACUGAACUACUCAUUUCCCACCUCCCCCAAAAAACUGUGACAAGAGGAAGCUAGGUUGAAAUCACUGCUAGAAUCCAGUUUGCAAUUAUUGUCUUGAUUGGUGUCAGUAGUUUUACUGAAAUACUUUUUAGGACUUUUAUUUGUGAAUUACAGUUGAAUGCUGUAUUUUGACAACCCAUUGUUAUAUCAGGCUUUCAUCUAGUCUUACCUUUCUGUCUUCUGGAGGAUGCCAGUCACUGUUGGAUGUUACACCAGCCUUUCCAGGGUUAACCACUGUGGUGGUGUGCUGCUUAUAGAUUGCUGUUGCAUUGUAAUAAAAGGUAUUUUUCCUUGUAGUCACCUGUAAAAAGGACUCAAGGGCUUUAUUACAAACAUAUUCUCCCUUUGAAAAGGGAAAUACUAAAAGACAGUACUACUCAGCCUUCAAUGUACCUGUGUGUCAAUCUUAUAUUUCUUUUUUAUUUUUUAAUUGUGAAUUAUACUUGUAUAUCCAACUGGGAGCACUUUGUAGGCAUUGCAUGAACCACAGAAUGAUAAUUCUGUGGAAGUAUUGCCUUGUGAAUUUGCUGCUAUCUUAGUUUUGUCUUUGCUGUAAAAUUGUAGCAUUAAACAAUCAUCGUUUUUAAUAGGCUAUCUUUUUGAAACAAUUAUGUGAAAUGUAUAUAGCUGAUCAUGAUGAAAAGCAGCUGUUUGCCUUUUUUUUUCUUUGAACUUUGAAGCUAGUGCGUUGGAAAAAUGCACCUCCCCCCCUUUGGAAUGCUGUAUUAAUGUAGUAUAAUUAUUACUGGUUUUGUAAUUUUUUCUGAUAAUGUCCUUCUCUGGCUCUUUUUAAAAAUGUUUCCUCUCUCCUCCCAAGUUUUGUACUUAAUUGUAUUGUUAGUCUGUUUUUAAAUGUUUUGCCUGCUUUCUCCUCAGUAUUUGUAUAUAUAAACUCAUCUUGGUAAUACUGUACAUAGCUGUUUGAAAUGCCAGAAUGACUUCUGACUAUUCCAAAUUUUUAUCUGUGAUUAGCCAUUUGACUAAUAAUAUCGGCUAACAUAUGUUGCCCCCCCCAAAAAUAGAAUUUGUUUAUUGUUUGUUUUCUAAUUAAUUUUGGUUUAAGAUAUGUUUGCACUUGUCUAUUUGACUUGUGUUUUAUUAACAUUGAUUGGUAUAUUAAAAGUCACUCUGAGCUUACCUUAAUUGUCUAAA